CACUGAGUGGCGCGUCACGUGUCCUCGACGUUCAUGGAGAAGCGAAUUAGAAAAAACACAACAAGGGCCGGGGUAGCGUUUUAUUUGCCACACAACUCAUUUUCAUGUGACGAAAAAGCCGUCCGGAUGGCCUAUUCAUGGAACAGCCGAGGGACUAUUUAUAAGAAGUGAUCUGAAAGAGGAAUGUGGAGUGAGUGUGGAUCCGCUCCCUAAACUAGGAAGUCGUAGGACUACCGGAGGAGAGCCGGCUUUAGGUCGACUUUGAGAAGUCCGAGUCCUGUUUCCCUAUUCUUCUACAGCACUAACGUCGCUCUCUGAUGAAUGCCAGUUAGACGCGAGGAGAAUAAGACGCGGUGGAGCGACUGGCUGCCCCUGUUCUCUGUUACAGCCAUGUUAUAACACGUUAUGGUCAUGUUAUAACAACCGUGGUGUCUGAAGUUGAGUUCUGUGAACAUCAACCUUUAAGAUGAGGUCGCCUCUGGCUCCUGGAGUUCGGUUCUGUUCGUCCUUUUCUCGAGACAGCUGGUAUCGGAGCUUCACCCUCUUCCUCACCUUCCUCUCCUACACAGCAUACCACCUGUCACGAAAGCCAAUCAGCAUCGUGAAGAAUGAGCUGCACAGAAAUUGUUCGAUGGUUAUUCGCCCGGCGGACCUCAACACAACGGACAAUGAAACGUGGUGCGACUGGGCACCCUUUGAUCAGGACAACUACCAGACACUGUAUGGGAUGCUGGAUAACUCCUUCCUCGUGGCGUAUGCUAUUGGCAUGUUCUUCAGUGGGAUAUUUGGAGAGCGUCUCCCACUGCGCUACUACCUGUCGUGUGGCAUGCUGCUCAGUGGCCUGUUCACCUCCCUGUUUGGGCUGGGGUACUACUGGAACAUACACUCCAUAUGGUACUACGCAGUCAUCCAGGCUAUGAAUGGACUGGUGCAGACAACAGGUUGGCCUUCAGUCGUGACCUGUGUUGGAAACUGGUUUGGAAAGGGGAAACGAGGGUUCAUCAUGGGGGUGUGGAACUCGCACACGUCGGUGGGGAACAUCUUGGGGUCGCUGAUCGCCGGGGCCUUCGUCUCAACGGCCUGGGGCCUCUCCUUCAUCGUGCCCGGGCUCAUCAUCACGUUCACCGGCGUCCUCUGCUUCUUCUUUCUGGUCGAGAAACCUGAAGAUGUGAACUGCGUACCUCCUCAGCACCACGAGGGAACCGAGCGGGAGCCUCUUCUGCAUAGCACAACUAUAACUGAGGUGACCUCCAGCACCUCCUCCCACGCCACGGAGCGGUCCGAGGAGGAACACACGCAGGCCAUCAGCUUCUGUGGAGCACUCAGCAUCCCUGGUGUAGUGGAGUUCUCUCUCUGUCUGCUGUUUGCAAAGUUAGUGAGCUACACUUUCCUUUACUGGCUUCCACUCUACAUCUCAAAUGUAGCUCAUUUUGAUGCCAAAGCAGCAGGAGAUAUGUCCACACUGUUCGACGUUGGUGGAAUACUCGGCGGUAUUGCGGCGGGCGUCGUGUCCGACUACUCUGGCGGCCGGGCGACCACUUGCUGUGCCAUGUUGCUCCUCGCUGCCCCCAUGCUCUUCCUGUAUAACUACGUUGGACAGACCAGCAUUGCAACUACAGUUGUAAUGCUGUUGGUUUGUGGAGGCCUGGUCAACGGACCAUACGCACUGAUCACCACCGCUGUGUCUGCCGAUCUGGGAACACAUGAAAGCCUUCAAGGGAAUUCAAGGGCGUUGUCGACAGUCACUGCCAUUAUUGAUGGAACCGGCUCUAUAGGCGCAGCGAUCGGUCCUCUUCUAGCCGGUCUGAUCUCUCCCACGGGGUGGAACAACGUGUUCUAUAUGCUCAUUUCUGCUGAUGUCCUGGCCUGCUUGUUCCUGUCAAGGCUCAUGUACAAGGAGGUGCGCGGUUGGUGUAGCCGAACUUAACCUAUAAGAGGGUUCCAGGAGAUCUGACUCAUCCACACCUCAUCCCAGAGGACUGCCAACCGUUAACAAAGUGAAUGAAUUAUUCAUUAAUCACAAGAUUAUUCUGACAUAACAUGGUAAACAUGUUAUAGCACAAAAACCAAAUGGAAAGCAAGAACAUCUCUAUAGGAUUGUUUUAUUCGCUUUCAUCAACUCGUGAAGCACUGCCUAUUUUAGAUUAAUCAUAAAAUUAUGUUUGCAAAUCACAUUCCAUUUUACACAUCAGACCAGAGAGAUGAAACAGAAAGGAAGCAAUUGUUACCAUUUUGUUUAUCAAUCGUAGUGGCUAGUUAAAUUUUGGAAAUUAUGCCAAUUACAGAUAUCACAAAGUACAUAGUUGAGAAUGCAUUGUAAAUGUGUAAAUUCAUUUAUCCGUAGAACCAGAAAACGUUUAUUUGUAGAUUUAAUAAACCUUAAAGAUAAACUACAGCCUAAAACACUUUGACAUUGUUCAGAUAUUUAUAUUGGCGAUUCACAACGCCCUAGAUCCUCUCACACUAUUUUUUUAAUUUUGCCUAAACUAGAUUUAAGAGAAUGCUAUUAUAACCAUAAGCAUUCGAUAUUAGUUUCAUUCUCAUAUACCAACUCAGGGCGACUGGCUCAGAAGGACUACAUAUUCCAUUUUUAUAUGGAUGCAGGGCCUUGUUUGAAGAGGCCAGCUGGUCACUGUUGGCCUGGCCGAGUGGUCAGCAUGUGGUCACCGAACGGUUGGGCUGCGAUUCAAGGGAUAUUCAUUUGUUUCUCUCAGCAUAAACCUAGCAUAUAUCUCCCUGAAAGCUUUCUUUUGGGAGUUCUUUGACCUGGAGUUUUUCCCCAAAAGCAAAAGUUGAAAUCCAGCAUCGAAAGCUGCCAUUGGCCGAAAAAUAAACCCUGGAAUAUAAUAUGUUAGGUGUUUUAUAACAAUGUCCAAGUGUUUUAGCCUGUAUUAUUCCUUCAAUAGAUAUCUUAUUCUACUUGAA